UGAUGCUGUGGAAUAAAAAGUACCAGGAGUUCGACCCAUUGGUCAGUUCAGUCACGGCCAAAGUGAAGGGCGUGGCCCAGACCCGCCUCCCUGGGUUAGGGGAGGUGGUCUGGGACGUGGUGGACUACAGCGGACCCUUUCAGGAUAAAAACUCAUUCUUCGUGGUGACGAACGUCAUCGUGACGAAGAAUCAGAAGCAGGGGAAGUGUCCAGAGGUUCCUGUUAAAGGCAGACUGUGUCGGACCGAUAAGGACUGUGAGAAGGGAUACUGGGACCAUUACAGCCACGGGGUUCAGACGGGAUCAUGUGUGAGGUUCGACGUGUUGAAGAAAACCUGUGAAGUUUCGGCCUGGUGUCCGAUAGAAGCCAAAACCAACCCUCCGAGACCUGCUCUGUUGGCGGCCGCUGAAAACUUCACCAUCCUCAUCAAAAACAACAUCCGCUUUCCCGCCUUCAACUACAUCAGGAGGAACAUCCUGCCUCAGAUGAACGACGCCUACCUGAGGAGCUGCACCAGGAAAAGUGACCCCCUGUGUCCGAUAUUCAGACUGGGAGACAUGGUGGACGAGGCCGGGGAGUCCUUCAGCCAGAUGGCAAUAGAGGGGGGGGUCAUCGGCAUCCAGAUCAGAUGGGACUGUAACCUGGACCGGCUCAUGCACCGCUGCCUCCCCAGGUACUCAUUCAGACGGCUGGACGAGAAGGAGAGCAACAAGACCCUGUACCCAGGACUGAACUUUAGAUUUGCCAAAUACACGACGGUGAACGGAGAAGAACAUCGGACGCUGUACAAGGCGUUCGGCAUCAGGUUCGACAUCAUGGUGUUUGGACAGGCAGGUCGGUUCAGUUUCAUCCAGCUCAUCCUCUACAUCGGAUCCACGUUGUCCUACUACGCUCUGACCACGGUUCUGUUGGACUGGCUCAUCAACACCAGCUGCUACUCCGCAGAUGUCGGAGAGAACUACGCAGAGAUGAAGGUGGAGUCGGUCCGGGACAGGCAGAAGUGCAUCCUGUGUGUGUCCUAUGUUGACGACAACUACGUCCGACUGGUCAAACCGUCGCAGAAGAAGAGUUUACAGGACGUUAAAGCGCUGUCGCUUCAGCUGCGGAAGGAGGACACCGGACACCUGGAGGCCGUCCUCUGCCUUCUGCAGUCCGACGCCAAAGUGGACGUUCGUUCCCCCGGCGACCGCUUCCCGGACCCCUCCAUUCAGGACCCCCCCCGUUCAGGACCCCCUGGUCCCCUGCCGUCCCGCCUGGUGUCGCUGCGGCCGCUGCGUCGCCUCCUCCGUCCACCAGGAGGAGCUGUGCUGUCGUCGCGGCGACGGCGCCUGCAUCACGUCCUCCCCUCUGUUCCAGCGGCUGGUGUUGAGUCGCCCGCUGCUGGAGGCCGUCCUCCAGUACCGGGACCCCCUGUGGGCUCCGGCCGACCCGGCGGCGGCGCUGCGUCACUGCGCCUACAGACAGUACAUCCGCUGGAGGGUCGGGGUCCCGCCUGACGACGCCCACCCCGUCAUCCCCAGCUGCUGCGUUCGACGAAUCAGGGACAAGUACCCGAGUCCUGACGGGAAAUACAGCGGCCUUAGGACGGGCAGAAAACCCCCCACCCAGACCUGAUCGAGACCCC